CUUGCAACACCGCAUAUACGCCAACCGACUACAGGCAUUAGGAGUCGUGAAUAUCUGUUGAUGUUAACCAUUGUUUUGGCUACGCAACAGUUUUCUUAUAGUAAACGUGUUCGUUUAAGGAUAGGGAUAAAUACAAAACAGGAUUUGGUCGUUUUUUAAAGGUUCAACAACAAUUCAUCCUUGCCUGCGAACACCUCCUCCAGGACUUGGAAUACAAAAUAAUACUUGAAGAUGGAGGACUUACAUGCUCAUUGCCUGAACUGUAUUAAUCGCAGAUGCAUGACCAGACCAGAGACUGGUGUUUCCUGUGACCUCAUCGGCUGCCAUCUUGUCUGUGGCGCUGUUUUCCACGCGUGCAAAGCAGAGGAACAUUGUUUACUGUGCCCCUUAGAGAGAGUGCCUUGUCUAAAUGUUGGGUUUGGAUGCCCCUUCACAAUUCCCCGGAUGAAGAUGGCAGAGCACCUCGAGACAUGCCCAGCGAGUGUGGUUUGCUGCACGAUGGAGUGGAACCGCUGGCCUGUGAGCUACUCUGACCGCCAGUCCUAUGAGAAUUUAAGCAAAGACUUUGACGAGGUGGAGCAGCUGGACAUGGCCCUGGCUCUGCAGGACCAGAGGAUGCUUCUAGAAUCCCUCAGGGUCACGACCACGGUGUCGAAGAACGGUGACAUUAAACCAGUUGAGGACAUUGAUAAAAUGGCGUUAGUUUCGAGCGCUCCGGAGACGGUGGUUUCGAACGGGAUGGUGGAGAUGGAGGAGGAGACAUACGGCGAGUUGUACUCUGCCUCCGUGGAGACGAGCAGGAGCUUGGUGGCUGCCUUGGACAUUCUUUCGAACGCGAAAGAAAUUGACUUGAUCAUCGGGAAUUUAAGCGCAGGAAAGAGUGAGAGAAACGGGGUGUUGCGUAAUGGAGGGAACAGCGACAGUCACGGCGAUUGUUACGUGGAUGUUGAGUAUCUGAAGAAUGUAGACAUGAGGGAAAGUGACUCUGAAUCAGAUGGUGAGUUUGGCGCAGUGGGGGGAGUCGACUGUACGACUGUGACAGAGAAGGGGGAAGAUGUAAGCACUUGGGUAGAGCCAAAUAAAUUGAUUGAUUGUUUAGAUGAUGAAGAUGGAGGGCUGGAGGAUGAGGAAAAGGAUUACGUAAUGGGUCUUGUAGAGGGUCCACUCUGUAAUGGCUUCCACAAUGGCAAUGAUCACAAUCACUUGAGACGUGACAAGAUAGAUCUAGAGAGGGCUGAGAACAGGAGACUUAGAAUCAACGGUUCCUCUGAACUCAACAGUUCCCCUGGACUCAACGGUUCUUCUGAAAUCCGUCCGCAUAUGCCUUAUCAUUCCAUGAGUGUUGAUCCCUCUAGGCCCCGCCCCUCCAGGCCCCACCCACCACCCCUCCCUCCUCACUUUCCUAUUCCGCUGCCUGAUCUGGUACCAAACAAUGUGUUGCAGCACCUGCCCCUUGACAUUGAAGACAGAUGGCUGGAAAGAAAGCUACAGAACCUGCAGGUGCUUAGGGGAAUGAGUUUGUUUACAUUUAACGGGCGCCGGGCACUUCUGUCAGACCCUUACUUGUUCCGAGCCAAGAUGGAGGACAAGGCCGUGGACACCUCUGACCUGGAAGUCACUGAAGACCCCAUGGGUCUCCACGGCAUUGAUCUGAUAACUGCAGCCCUCCUCUUCUGUCUUGGGGACUCUCCCGGGGGCAGGGGGAUCUCCGACAGCAGGUUUGUGGACGGCUACCGCAUCGACUUUGGUACACAGACUUUCUCCUUCCCCUCUGCCAUCUUGGCCACCAACACCAUGGUGGGUGACAUUGCUUCGGCGUCUGCCUGCGACCACGCCAGCCCGCAGCUCUCUAACCCCAGUCCCUUCCACACGCUCCGGCUGGAUCUGGUGCUGGAAUGCGUGGCCCGAUACCAAACCAAGCAACGCUCCAUGUUCACCUUUGUGUGUGGACAGCUCUUCCGCCGGGAUGAGUUCUCCUCCCAUUUCAAGAAUGUCCACGGCGACAUCCACGCUGGCCUCAACGGCUGGAUGGAGCAUCGUUGUCCACUGGCGUACUACGGCUGCACAUACUCCCAGAGACGUUUCUGUCCAUCCGUGCAAGGUUCCAGAAUUAUCCAUGACCGGCACCUUGGUGCCUUCGGUGUGCAGGCAGACCUGCCAUCAGUGCAACGCGACAACGCCCUCCCCAGAAAUGCCUGUCGCUUCGGCUCCCAGUGCGACCACCUCAGUAGCCUUCCCUUCGAGCUGUUGCAGUAUGUCGCCAGCUUCCUGGAUGGCUUCAGCCUCUGCCAGCUGUCCAGGGUGUCCCGGACCAUGAGGGAGGUGUGUAGCAGUCUGCUACAGGUUCGAGGAAUGGUGGUCCUCCUGUGGAACAAGGAACAACGUGCUGACGGGUCGUCCUCGUGGCAGAUAAACAACAAGGUGUGGCGAUUCAGCACCUCUUUCGGCACGGUGAACGAGUGGAAGUUUGCCAACAUCUCCAGCAUGGCCAACCAUCUGAAGAAGUGCCAGUUCAACACCAUCGCUCGUCGGGAGGAAGCCAUCCCUCUGCCCUGUAUGUGCUUCACCAGAGAGCUCACCAAGGAAGGGCGCUCACUGCGCUCUGUUCUCAAGCCUGUUGCAUGAGCAGUCCUUUCACCAGGAAAACAUUGUGCUGCUUGUUUCUUCCAGUCUGACCGAAAAAGCCUAAAUUGUUCCAAUUCAAACUAUUUUGGUUUGCUCUUUUGAUAAUGAAAUGUAUAUACUGAAGAUUCACUUUUGACAUACUGUGUAAAUAAUUACUUGCUUUGAUGUAGAUUUGUUUUGUAUUUUUAUAUGAAGAAGUCAGUACUGUUCCGCAAAGAUAAUGGAAAGAAAGCGGAGCCUUAAAUUAUGAUAAACACUUGAUUUAUGGUCAUGGGAAAGUUCUGAAUAUCAGAACGAUAUUGAGAUUUCUCAAUAUCUCCCUGCUGGAACAAAAUCAAAUAUCUUAUCUACAAGCAUGGUUUUAUAAAUGCCCCCCCUUCUCUUUUUUACGACUGACUAUAAUUCUACAUUUUAAUACACUGACCAAUCCUAAAAUGUGUGCAGUGCAUGUCAUUCUUCUCUAAAUAGGAAAUUGUUUGGUCUUUUUUGACUGUUUCUCUAAAACGCAAAUCUCACUCACAGAAACCCUUAUUCAUUCUGAGGUUCAUUACUCAACUUGUAGCUUGGGAUUUAUUUAUUUAAUUAUUUUUAACCAUUCUUUCUAGCUCAAUGUUAUGGGUGAUUGUGUGGGAGUGUUCACAUUUUUCUCCCUCUUCAGUUGAUUAGGCUAGAACCACUUGUUUGAUACAUAUUAGUUUUUUGGAGGUUGUGGAACCCUGCAGGUCAGGUAUGAAAUCAAAACGGUACACAUUUCCCUCUGGUAUUGAGAAUUAUCUAUCAUCAUAUCUGUGUGUUGCAGUUUCUUUUCUUCUUUUAUAUAUAUAUAUAUAUGUUUCUUCGCACUACAUAUUCAUUGUGUUCACAUUUUGGUGUCUCAGGGUUGUAACAUGAAGCUGCAGCAGUAAGUGCUGGCCUUCCCCUGUGGUGUAUGUGUUAGACACAGUAGAGGGUACAAAGGGGGAGGCCUGGCACCUUGUUGUUAUUAUUACUAUGUGGUCUUAGGACUGAUCACCGUUCAGUAUUAUUACAUGUGUGUGUUGCUGUUUUCUUUUUUUUCUUCAACAGAUGUUAAUCAUGAUCCCUGUAUUUUAUUUUUGACUAAUUGAAGUCUCAGAUUUAAAUGUCAGCAAGUGUGUAAUAGGAACAUGUUUUAAAGUGUGUUUUAGUGUUUGACUAAUUUCCUAAAAGGGAAUUGUUGAGUCAAACAGUGUUUGGAAAAGACAGUGAGGUUAGACUUCCUCUACGGAUGUGCACAUGUGUGGAUAGGUUGCAAAUAUUAUUGUCAUAGAGGAAUAAUAAACACAAAUGAUUAACAGUGAAGCAUUUUAUGUCCUUGUGCAGAGAAUGGGAGCAAACCUCUUCCCAUAAGUGAAUGAAGUUUAGACAAUUAAAAAUGAAACGGUUGUGUUUGGGGUGAUGCAUAAUUUGAAGGUUAACUGUGUGUUCUAUAAUUUUCAUGGUAUUGUCUGAUCUUGGUUUACUUCUGUUUUUUAAAACUUACUUUUUAAAAUUUAAAAUCCACUGCUCAAUUCUUUGAUUUAUAUCUGAUUAAUUUCAGUACUGGCACAUAAUUGGGUUUGUUACAAUAUUGUGUGUGUGAUCAGAGGAUAUUAAGAUUUUCUAUUAAGUUCAUAUUUGUCCCAUGAAAUGAUACACCAGUCUGUUUGUAGCAUGUGAGUGGAGAUGUAUCUUUAAACGAUUGAUUAAAACUAACCAGUGUUUCCCUCAAAUACGCUUUUAAAGUUUUGUUAUAGCUAUGAACAAUACAAAAAAACAAUGUUCUAAAAAGGUGUCUUACACAACUGUUUAUUGAAUGGCUGCAGUGUGUACAUGCCCUUUGUGUAAAUCAUCAGAAAUUUCCUCACCAAUAAAUCGUUUUGCAAGUUA